AUGUCUACCUCAGAUACCACUCAUAUUUCUGUUCCAUCUAAUAAAGAAUCACCAUUGACAUCAGCAAUGGCAUCUCUUAGUAUUUCCGCUGCAAAUAAUAUUACUACUUUAGCAUCAGAAGAGUCUAUUUUUGAUGGGUUGUCUAAACAUAUCAAUAUACCGUUAACACCUGCAUCUAAUGAAGUAUCACCUGUUAAAUCACAGGAGUUAUUAACAUCACAUCAACCAGAUACCAAAGCAAAUUUAUUGUCACCACCUUCAUCACCAUUACUUUCUGUUCAGGAUCAAAAAUUACCUACUUCAAACUCAUUUUCUAUAAAACAGCAAAAAUCUAUACAAAAUUCGGAUAUAGUGUCACAUACACAGCUCGAGCCUUCUUCCUUUUCUGGACAUCAAUAUAUCCAUAAUAACAAUAUUUUAUAUAAUAACAAAGGGAGAUAUAUUCGUAGAAUUAAUUUAAAUACUAUCAAUAAAUAUCCAGCAGAUCAUCAACAUACAUAUGCUAUGAGCUCUUUUUUAAGAAAUCAUCCUGCUCAAGUUAGACCUUCAUGGUUUACAGCACAUAACCAUCAUCCUGCUUCGUUAUAUCAUUCAAUUCCUUCUGCUAAUAUAAUUUCGAAUCCUACAAUAAAUACUGGAACAUUCACAACACCAGGUACUUAUAGAUAUCCUACUCAUGUUCAACAUCCUUCAAUAUCCUCUAUUUAUUCAUCGUCUUCAUCACAACCUCCUACUCCACUUAGUCCUCAAAUUGCUGGAAUGAUUGCAUCAGGGCCACCUGUACCAGCACCCGUUCCCUCAAUAUUUUCUGGGCCAGCCUACUAUGAUACUCUAGAAUCAUCUCUUCAGAAUCCUAAUAAAACAACAAAUGUUUAUAUUAGAGGACUUCCUCCAGAUACUACAGAUGAAAGUUUAUACAUUUUAGCAUCCAGAUUUGGAAAAAUUCAUAGCAGCAAAGCGAUCCUUGAUACACAAUCUGGUACUUGUAAAGGAUUUGGAUUUGCCUGGUUUGAACAAGAAGAAGAAGCAAAAGCAUGUAUUGCUGGUUUAAUGCAUUUUGGUUAUCAAGUGUCUUUUGCUAAGGAAUCUUUCAGUACAAGACUUAAAAAUUUAGCAGAUCCAGGAUCAACUAAUUUAUAUUUAUCUAAUCUUCCUUUAAAUAUGCAUGAGAAAGAUUUAGAAGAACAAUUUGCUCCAUAUAAAGUUAUUUCUAAUCGUAUUCUUAGAGAUUCAAAUAAUGUUAGUCGAGGUGUCGGAUUUGCUAGAAUGUCAGACAGAGAAGCUGCUGACGCAAUAAUUGAAAAUUUUGAUGGUAAAAAAUUGCCUGGUGCUACAAUGCCAUUACAAGUACGUUAUGCGGAUUCACCUUCCCAAAAACGCCUUAAAGGUCAAACAGUUAGUCGCAGAUUAUGGAGAGCUCGAGAAUAUAAUGUUUUAACUGGUCGUUCUAUUAUAGAUGAUUCAUUAGGCUUCUCUAGUUUAGGCUUAGGUAUAGACCAUUAUGGCAUUCAACAUAGUGGAACAGGUAUCACUGAUGUUCAUAACGAUCCAUCAAAUUCAAGUACAUUUUCAAAUUUACAAAUGUAUUUUCCAAUAAGCCCUGGAAUAACAGGAUAUCCUUCUAACUGCGAAACACACAUACAAUCAUAUAUCUGGAACAUAAAUCAUCCUCAUGCUUCAUAUUUUAAACAUCUUCAGCAAAAGUCUUCAAUAAAUAGUAAACCGAAAUCAUUGCCCGAGACAUCAUCCUUAAAUUCUACAUCGGUCCCUUGUGAAACAAAUUCUGAAACGAAUAAUGAAAAAUCAACAGUUAUAAAGGAAAAAGAUAUAGCAUAUCAUUUAGUAGAUAAUAAUAUUCAGGUAGAAGCUUAA